AUGCAUGUAACUUUGUCCAAACUGCUAGGGUUCAUUUUUGUGACUCACCUUGUUAGCCCCUGUAUGAGUGUAAAGAGAAGUAACAGCAGAGGAGAAAUCCUCGUUUGCUUCAUCCCUCGGAGUGAUUUCUUCUACGAAAGGAAUGGUUUUCUUGGGGGGAGGAAGGCAGGGUGGAGGAAAGCGAGGUGGAACAAAGCGACGUGGAAGAGUUGUGGGAACAGGAAGGGAGGAAGAUUCGCAGUGAAUGACUCGAGGGGAGUUCUGCCUGUUGGCGAGGGCACUAAUGAAACCGUUGCCACGUGCGUUGUGCGUACCGCUCAUGCUGCUACAGAUGAUAAUGGCACCCUGCGGGAGGAAUACCUCGCGAGAAUGCUGAACGAGGGAGACACGAUAUAUGCGCUGAGCUCGGGCAGGGACGUGAGCGCCAUAGCGGUGGUGCGUAUGUCGGGCCCACUGAGCAGGAUUGUGCUCGAGGUACUGUUGCAUGGGGGGGGGAGCGGUCAGAAAAGUGGCGAAGCAAAUGGUGAGUUCACCCCAGAGGAGCCCCCCCCGGACAGUUACGCUAGGAAGAAAAAAACAGAGUACAGCCUAGACGAAGUAAUGAAGGUGAGGAAACACUUCGAAGAAAGGAAGAUGUACAACGGAGUGAUGUAUAGCAACUGUCACGAACUGAUCGACCAAGUAAUGUAUACCCUUUUUAAAAGUCCCAAAUCGUACACAGGAGAAGACGUGGUUGAGAUUUAUUGUCAUGGAUCUCCUCUAAUUGUGAAAGAAAUUAUGGAGGAGAUUGAAAAAUUAAAUUCCCUUUUCAGCAACAUAUUGAAAAAUGAAAAGGAAAAGUAUUAUAGCCAAAAUGAUAUAAAGGAAAAUUUCACCUGCACAUGUUCAGAAGAAAUUUGGAACAAAUUAUUAACACCAAGAAAUGAUGUUUUUUUUAACAAAAUAAGAUUAAGUAAAAAGGGGGAGUUCACCAGAAGAUCCUUCCUAAAUCAGAAAAUGAAUUUACUCCAGGUGGAGGGAUUAAAGGAGUUACUUUGGUGUAAGAAAAAAGAACAGAAAAAAAUUGCUUUAAAUUAUUUAAAUGGACAAGCAAGGAAUGUCUACUUAACUUUGCGAAACGACAUGAAGAAACUUCUGCUCUACACACAAGUUAAAAUAGACCUGGAAGAUGAACAUUUAUCUUCUGACCAGGAGAAAAAUUAUGUGAAUGAAUUCAUGAAGCUCCAUCUGAAUAACGCUAUUGAAAGCAUUAGUAAUAUUUUGAAGAAACCAAAUGUGGAAGACUUAAGUAACCCUCUUCAUGUGCUUCUCUUCGGGCAGGUCAAUUCGGGAAAAAGUACGUUGAUGAAUCGUAUUUGUCGCAGUGACGUAUCUAUCGUGACGAAGAUAAAGGGGAGCACCAUUGACGUGGUGCAGAAGGGGGUCAGCGUUGAGGGCAAGUCCUACAACUUUUGCGACUCCGCAGGGAUUAGUGCGCAUGUCUUUGGAGGGGAGUACCUACCUAGGGGUGACGCGAAAAUGGACGCCCCCUCUGGGGAGCACACACCACACAGAGCACUCGAACGCAUUGGGGUAAAAAAAACGCUCAAGUAUCUUCACAAAAGUGCAUGCGUGUUAAUUGUAUUGAAUGUGAGGAAGUAUGUGGACGAGUUGAAACUUGCUCUUUCCAUUUUGGCUAGCAAGUUUAGAAGGAGGAAAUGCAUCACGAGGGAAGCAGCGACCGCCCUGCCUCAGUUCAUCAUCUGCGUGAACAAGUGUGACUUGUCCAUUCAUGAAACUCAAGAGGAGGUCAGGAAAAACAUAAAGCAGAUCCUAAACAAGCAUUUACAAAAUUCUCAUUUGCGAAAUAUUUACCAACAUGUGUGGCAGACCAUUUUUUUCGUUUCCUCCAAAAAGGGCCACAACGUGGACGAGCUGUUGCGGGGCCUCAACGACGUGAUGGAGCGGAAGACGCGGUUGAGAAAUCCACACCAACUUGACUUAGACUCGCCAGCCUUCCUCCCAUUCGAGAGACACAAGACACACCUGCGCAGGGCAUUGAAGCACCUCCUGUUUAUAAAGCGACAUCGCCACUUCCUAACAUUUGACAUCAUCGCGGAGGAAAUAAAGCUAGCUGUUAGGGCCCUCAAUGGAAUCAUUGGCGGGUUCAGCCAGACACAAAUACUGAACGAAAUAUUGGAUUCCUUCUGCGUGGGGAAGUAG